AUGACGGGGCGGCUGCGUCGCAACAACGUUGACCUGUCGACUGGCCAAGCGGAGAUUGGCAAGAUCCUUGCGAGGAACUGCACGAAGCACGCGAAGAAGAACACCUUCAGGGACUGGCAAAGGCAUUUUCGAGAAGGGGUACACAAAGAUAGUGUUUAUCAUGAUGAGGUAGUGAUGGGCAUUGAUGGGGUCAAUGAGGAGAUGGAGAUGGAGACGGAGAUGGAGAUGGAGAUGGAGAUGGAGAUGGAGAUGGAGAUGGAGAUGGAGAUGGAGAUGGAAGGGGUGAGAGGAAGAGGGGAGGGAGGUGCUCUCUCUAGCAUCAGGGUGACCUCUUGUUUUCAACGGGGGUACACGAACACCAGCUUUGUGACGGAUUAUACCACCUAUGACGCGGAGACUGCGGUAUCUGGGUGUAAAACAAUUUACUAG